AUGGAGCUCGUUGGGCAAAUAAAGUACCGUCAGAUAGGAAGUUUCCAAGGCCCAGGCAAUGACCAAAUACCUAAUCGAGAGCGAAAGAGCGAAAGCGCGAAAAGCGAGAGAGGAACCAGUCGGAAAACCGGCUGGUGGGAUGUUGAGUGGGAGGCUAUCAGGCGAUGGCGAAGUAUAAAAACCGUGUCACCAAACCUCUCAUUGUCACUUCCCCCACUUCUACUUCUACUUUACUUCUACUUUACAUCUUCCGAGUUGUACUCUACUCUAUCUACAUCUGAAACACUUAUCCAUCGUACCAACUACAAAAUGACCAUCCCAGAUACCCAGUGGGCACAGGUCAUCGAGCAAAAAGGCGGACCCCCCGUCUACAAACAAAUCCCAGUCCCCAAGCCCGGCCCCGAUGAAGUCCUCAUCAAAGUCAAGUACACCGGAGUCUGCCACACAGACCUCCACGCCUUGAACGGCGACUGGCCCCUCCCACUGAAGCCCUACCCUCUCAUCGGCGGACACGAGGGCGCCGGCAUCGUCGUCGCCAAAGGCGAACUCGCCCACGGAAUUGAGAUAGGCGACCACGCCGGCAUCAAAUGGCUGAAUGGAUCCUGUCUCGCCUGUGAAUUCUGCAAGACCUCUGAUGAGCCUCUGUGUCCUGAAGCAGAGCUGUCGGGGUAUACGGUUGACGGCACGUUCCAGCAGUACGCGGUUGGCAAGGCGGCUCAUGUGUCGAAGCUGCCAAAGGAGGUGCCGCUCGAUGGCGUUGCGCCAAUUCUGUGUGCGGGUGUUACUGUUUAUAAGGGCUUGAAGGAGUCUGGAGCCCGACCUGGACAGACGGUGGCGAUUGUGGGUGCUGGUGGUGGUUUGGGUUCGCUGGCGCAGCAGUAUGCUAAGGCUAUGGGACUGCGGGUUGUUGCUAUUGAUGGUGGGGAGGAGAAGAGGGCGAUGUGUGAGCAGCUUGGCGCUGAGACAUACGUCGAUUUCACCCAGAGCAAGGACUUGGUCGCAGAUGUGAAGGCUGCUACGCCUGGAGGCCUGGGUGCGCACGCUGUUCUCCUACUUGCCGUCGCUGAGAAGCCGUUCCAGCAGGCUGUUGAGUACGCUCGCUCUCGCGGUACCAUUGUUGCCAUCGGCUUGCCCGCCGGUGCAUUCCUUAAGGCUCCUGUUUUCGACACUGUUGUCAAGAUGGUCAACAUCAAGGGUAGCUAUGUUGGUAACCGCCAGGAUGGCGUCGAAGCUGUCGACUUCUACGCUCGCGGCUUGAUCAAGGCUCCUUUCAAGACGGUUCCUCUGAAGGAUUUGCCAGAGGUGUUCGAUCUCAUGGCACAAGGCAAGAUUGCUGGCCGCUACGUUCUGGAGAUUCCAGAAUAG